AUGCGAAGCUUCCAACUCGGUUAUGAUGAAACACUGUUCAAUAGCCUCCUUGCUCUCCCAGUUUGGAAUCGAACUUUCAAUGAUCCAUCGGGAUCCAGACUCGGGCUCAUGGCAGCCUAUGUGUCUUUCGGUCAUAUGCUUACUGUGCCAGUAAUUCAUAUGCUGGUAGAUAAUCUCGGGCGAAAGAGAGCUAUCUUUCUUGGAUGCAUUAUUUCGACUACGGGCGGCUUUGUCUGCACAUUUUCAAGAACCGAAUUCAUGUUCAAUUCUGGAAGAUUUAUCAUAGGGAUCGGGCAACCAAUAUCCCAAUUCGGGACUAUGUGCCUUAUCAACGAGCUCGUACACCCUCGACUCCGUGGAGCCUCCAGCGCAUUGAACAUGAGUUCGUUCUGCGUGGGGGGUAUGGCAACUGUAUGGAUAGCAUUCUUUUGUCUACGCUGGGGAAAUUCGGAUUGGCAGUGGCGCUUCGUUACACUCGCUCAAAACCUAGCACCCAUAACCCUUCUCAUGGGGCUUUUUGUUACUCCUGAAUCUCCGAGGUGGCUCAUAGGUCAAGGGAAACACGACGAAGCGCUCAGGAUUCUCGCCAAGUAUCAUGCUAACGGUAAUACGGAAGACGAACUGGUACAACAAGAAUUUCACGAAAUUGCUACGCACAUCCAGCAGGAUAUAGAUGCGGGGAAUGUUCACUGGAGGAAUUUACUCCAAUCUGCCGGUAACCGUCGAAGGAUGCUGGUAUUGACCCUGGCGGUCUCUGGAACCCUUGUACUCGGGUCUGGUAUAGCACGAAAUUAUUCUACAAUCGUUCUCAAAUCCAUUGGUAUCAAAGAUCCGGCUCGUAUCACUGCCAUAAAUGGCGGACUGGGAUUUUGGUUCACGAUAUGGACCUCAGCCGGCGCUUUGUCAGCUGACAAAGUUGGGCGUCGUACUCUCUACCUCGGCUCAACGAUUGGUAUGCUAUUAUCGCUGUGUGUCAUCACCGGGCUUUCGGCUUUAUUCGAAACCCAUACCAAUAACACUCCGAUUGCGAUCGGUGUGCUUGUAUCGUUUUUCGUUUUCACUGCCUUUCACCAGGCAGGAUGGACAGCCCUCUACAGCUUGUACCUAAUAGAGAUUUUACCGUUCUCUAUUAGAGGCAAGGCGUUGAAUUGGACUAAUUUUAUUCAAGCUUCCUCUGUGCUAUCGACGAAUUUUCUUGACCCGAUAGCACUGAAUGCGAUCCAGUGGAAAUAUUAUCUGGUUUUCAUUGGGUUGGAGGUAGUAUAUCUGGGCUUGGUGUGGUUGUUCUUUGUUGAGACAAAAGGCGGCACCAUCGAACAGGCCAGCAUAAUCUUCGAUCGCGGAAACUCAAAACCAGCUAGUCCAACGGUUUCAGAGGAACACAAGGAUCUGGAUAUUCCAGCGAUUCAGAGAAACUCUAUAAAUACGAGUAUUUCAGCAGAAAAAGAUUGCGUUGUCGGGAAUGAUUCAAACUAG